AUGGAAAUAUUCUUAUUUGUUGCAGAUUGCCUGCCUGAUCUUCAUUCUCUAUUCAAGUUUUUAGAUAUCGAAAAAUACUAUAGGAUUUUUAAUCAUCGCAAUAUUGGCAUUAAACAAUUUUUAAUGCUAACAGAAAACGAUUUGAGAGUUUUGGGAGUAAAGUGUCUUGGUCCUAGACGAAAAAUGUCAUUGGCUAUAUGUCAGUUGGGAAAUAAGUUCCAUAUUAAAUCCCAAAUGGAUUGAGUUGGAUGUUGCAAUGAUAUGAAGUGUGCGAGGUGUUUCAAUUAUUUCGGUGUUUUAAUCAAUAAGUCAAUGUAUAGUUUGUAACGGUCCAGUAUCUCCUCUCACCUUUUACUGUGUAUUUUUAAUUAUGUGUGAGUAAACAGUUGUUUUGACUGCUGUGUGAAUUUUA